CGCGAUCGACGUCUCGUCUGGUUCCUCUAACCGCUCGCAUCACGUUUACUGUUGAUCAGCAGAUCUAACGGUUUUCUGUAUUUCUUCUGCUGCUCUGAUGGUGUGAAUUGUUUCCAACACCAUGGUCGUGUUCUCGUUCUACAUCUUUGACCGCCAUGCGGAGUGUAUAUACAAGCGACAAUGGCUUCCUCGUCCUGUAUCGAUCACGGCCAAAUCGUCACGGCCAGUCUCGGAACCGUCAGGCUUGAGCAACGGGAGUCCGGCGGUGUUCGGACAGUCAGCACGCACGACGGACGAUGAUGCGAAGCUCAUUUUCGGGACAGUUUUUUCAUUGCGCAAUAUGGUGCGCAAGCUUGGAGGCGAAGACGACAGCUUCGUUUCGUACCACACGAGUCAAUACAAGCUUCACUAUUUCGAGACUCCAACGAACAUUAAGUUUGUCAUGCUCACCGAUACGAAGAGUCCAAGCAUGCGCAUUGCGCUGCAGCAGAUCUACAUCAACCUCUACGUUGAAUACGUGGUCAAGAAUCCGCUGUCACCGGUAGAGCACCCAGGGGGCCUUGGAGUAAACAAUGAACUUUUUGAGCAGUCUCUCGAACAGUUUGUGACUCGGGUUCUGUCGUGAGACCCAGUCAGUUGGGAUGACCAGCAUGGCCAUGUACACCGAAAUUUCGACCAAACCAUGUCGCUAUGCUAUAAUCAGAGAGACCGACACCACACACCGAUACAAACGAGCCGUGACUCGAGCAUACCCUGGACACUUUAAGACACUCAAGCCAGUCCAGCGUCCUUAACCAAUUGGGCCAGGAACAUAUUGGGCACAACAACAAGCCAAGCUCGUCAUUGGGCUCAACCAUUUCAGCGGUCUGGCAAGGCAGCCUAGAUACUUACAUACCAAAUCGACCGGGUUUUGGACCAGACACCCCGUACAGAUGGAUUACCCCCAGGUCUCCCUGUAUAUAUUAUAUGACUUGAAACCGGGUAGAAUGAAAUUCGAUGGAAAUUCCUAUUCCACAGGAACCAAAACCCUUAUACUCC